CGCGCUGCCGUUGACGCAUCGCGAUCGUUAUCGUCUUGUUGGUUUCCCUGCUGUGAUUGGAGAUAUAUUUUUUUCCACCCUUACUCUCACAUUGCAGUUUUUAAGUGAUUUUAGCGUGCAAGAUGAGCCUCAAUCGAGUAGAUCCGACCACCUCGAUACCGGCCUUUUACGCUGGCCGGAGCAUCUUGGUCACAGGCGGCACGGGAUUCAUGGGCAAAGUGCUGAUCGAAAAGCUACUCUGGUCCUGUCCAGACAUUCAAGAAAUCUUCCUCCUCAUGCGCCCGAAGAAGGACAUGUCCAUAGACGAGCGGCUCAAAAAAAUGCUGGGCUUGCCGUUGUUCGAUAGGCUGCGCGAGAACCGUCCCAGGGCUUUCGAGAAGUUGAUCCCCGUGACGGGCGACACGACCGAGGAGGGCCUGGGCUUGCCACCCAUCGAGAGACAGUACCUCAUAGACAGGGUCUCGAUCGUCUUCCACGUGGCCGCCAGCGUAAGGUUCGACGACUCGCUGAAAAACGCCAUUUUCAUGAACACCCGGUCAACCAGAGACGUUUGCAUCCUCGCCGCGAGCAUGAAGCAACUGGUGGCUCUCGUGCACGUGAGCUCCACCUACAGCCACACGGACAAGUACUGCGUGGAGGAGAAAAUCUACCCCUUCGAGAUGGACUGGAAGAAGGCCAUCAGGAUAGCCGAGACGGUGGACGACCACACCCUGAGAAUCCUCACACCCAAGAUUUUGGAUUGUUUUCCAAACACGUACACGUUCACGAAGAGACUGGCCGAGGGGGUUGUCGCCGACUACGCCGGUGUACUGCCGAUCGUCGUGUUCAGGCCGUCGAUAGUGAUUUCUGCGAUUUUGGAACCUCUUGGCGGAUGGCUGGACAACUUCAACGGGCCCGUGGGAUUGAUGAUCGGUGGUGGCAAGGGGGUCCUCCGGGUCACUUGGCUCGACGGGCACAAAACGGCCGACUUUAUCCCCGUGGACGUGGCCAUCAAGGCGAUGAUCACCGCUGCGUGGAAACGGGGCAUUGUCACGAUCACCAAGGAUCCAAACAUUGCCGUGUAUAAUUGCUCGGCCUCGGAUCGCAAGAGCAUCAGCAUGUCCGAGAUCGUGGAAAUGGGUCUCCUCCACACCAAGGACAUACCACUAGAGGGUAUCCUUUGGAUCCCCAACAUCACCAUCUCGACCAACAAAUUCGUCUACUACAUCCUGACAAUGCUGCUGCACAUCCUGCCGGCUCUCAUGAUCGACUCGAUUUUAAAGGUCUCGGGAAGGAAGCCCAUGCUCCUGAAGUUGCAGCGAAAAGUGUAUGUGGCGAACAACGCGCUGCACUAUUUCCUGACCAACGAGUGGAAGUUCAUGAACGCCAAGAUGCACAACCUCCUGGUCGACACUCCACCUGCCGACCUCGACUCCUUUGGCUUCGAGUACGCCAGCUUCGACAUAUACAACUACUUCAAGACGUGCAUCGUCGGAGCGAAAAAGUACCUGCUCCACGAAAACAUGAACCGACUGGACGAUGCCAGAAAGCACUACAAUAGAAUGCACUUGAUCGACAGAUUUUUCAAGAUAUGGCUGGGAGCGAUGCUGGCGUGGCUGCUGGUCCGCUGCGGUGUUCUCGGACUGCUCUUCAGCUCCUACCGAUCGACCGUCGAAACGUUCACAGGAUAAAAGGAAAAAAAAAAAAAAAUAAAUAAAAUAAGGCCAUACCUGCUCGGCGUGUGUACACGGGCGCCUUGUGCAUCUCUCUUUUUCAGAUGUGUGUCUACCGAUCGGUAAUAAUAAUUAGACGCCGUUGGAGCAGGAAAAGCAAGCCUGUGUCCUUACCAACCCACGGCACGACGUCAGUGGAGGUGUAAUCGACGAGUUUUAAUUUAAUGGCUCCAAAGACGCAAGCUGUCCUGUAAUAAUAUUGUUAUUGUUGUUACCACACCAAAGGUGUAAAAAUACAAUCGUGUGAUCGAGCGUAAUAAUAACGCUGAGGAGGAAGCUCAAUCGCGGGAAACGUGCGCACGCGAGUGGCUGGUC